AUAAAAUUUUACCGUUUUCUUCUUUUUAUCGAGAUUUAACGGUUAUCUAUUCGUUGAUAUCGGUGCAUCCUAUCAGUGAUACUGUUCUAGAUAUAAAGCCCCCUCAUUCUGGAAAACAACAUGUCUGUAGGUGCACCAGCUGAUUUGCAUCCUCGUAAUACGAUGCUUGUAUCGUGGAACUGUUCUGGAGAAGUGCAUCUGCUCAUCGGAGUAUCUGCGCUUACAUACACAAGAGUUCAAUCCAUCUUGACAAAUGGCGCAACACCAAUAGUGAUAACCCAGUUGAUCGAUUCCGAUGAUAAGAUUCCUCAUAAUUUGUUGGUCUUGGAACAGGAAGGUUCAGUCCAAAUCCUGAGACGACAGGUUGACAUUGGGAAAGAUCUAUUCACUUUGGGAAGAGAUGAGGUUCGUGGAGUUGUGGAUAAAGUCUACGUUAAUCUUCCAACAACGGAGGAAGAGUUGAAAAGGGCUAUCUUCAAGGAGUGUCAAAGUAACAGAAUUCCAAUUAAUACCACAGAAUCUGUUGAAUAUUCGACUUUUACGAUGUUAUCAACACAUACCGAUGGUGACUUCCAAUUAGGUGUUACAACAUCAGGAAAGGGCUGUAAGCUUGCUAGCAGAAUUAAAAGAGAAAUCGUGUCACAGCUACCUAAGAACAUCAAUGAGAUUUGUCAAAGUGUUGGUGCACUCCGUCUGAAGAUCCAAGAAGAGGAUAGACAAAAACUGUCCAAGUUCAAGGAAGAGUACGAGAGAUUCUUGAGAGAAGAACUUGGUGAGCAUGAGGACGACGCAGUUCAAUCAUCAAAGUUCAACAACUUUGUUAGUGAAUUCAACAUGACUGAAACACAGAAAAAGUUGCAAAGAUCUAGAUGGCUCUCACAGGUUGUCGAAUAUUACCCAUUGUCUAAACUGGCUGAUAUUUCAAUUGAUGAUAUAUCAAGCGCGUAUUCGAUAUCCUCUGGCGAUGCUCAUACUGGCUAUGAAACACCUUUGUCUUCAAAGCAAAUCAAAGGAUCGAUCUCUCUGGUCGGUUCGGGUCCUGGUUCUGUAUCAUUGCUCACCAUUGGCGCUCUCCAGGAAAUAUCUAGCGCAGAUUUGGUUCUAGCAGAUAAACUUGUGCCUCAACAGGUCCUUGAUUUGAUCCCGAUAAAGACAGAAAAGUUCAUUGCCCGCAAAUUCCCAGGUAACGCUGAAGCAGCCCAAGAAGAGCUCUUAUCUCUAGGGCUGCAAGCGCUCAAACUCGGGAAGAAAGUUGUCAGAUUGAAACAAGGAGACCCAUAUAUCUUUGGCCGUGGUGGUGAAGAGUAUAUCUUCUUUGCCAAGCACGGUUUCGUACCUACUGUGUUACCUGGUAUUACAUCCGCAUUGAGUUCCACGGUGAGCUCACAGAUCCCAGCUACACAGAGAGACGUUGCGGACCAGGUGCUAAUCUGCACUGGAACUGGUCGUCGUGGUGUACUGCCAAACAUCCCAGAGUUUGUUGAGACUCGCACCACUGUAUUCCUCAUGUCAUUGCACAGAAUUCAAGACCUUGUUCCUGCUCUCAUCGCCAAGGGCUGGGACCCAAAGGUCCCGGCUGCCAUUGUUGAAAGAUCGUCAUGCCCUGAUCAGAGAGUCACCAGAACGAGACUUGAGGAUCUGGUCGACGCAGUCGAAGCAAUAGGCUCCAGACCGCCAGGUUUGCUGGUUAUCGGCAGGGCAUGUGAAGUUCUAACAGGGCCAAUCGAAGAGAGAUGGAGAGUACAGGAAGGCUAUGAGACUGAAGACUUCCAAGUCUCUGAUCUCUUGAAAACCGUUACAGCAUAGCACCCCAUAGACACCGUGUUCUCAAACAGUGUCAUUGCAUCUAUAUCUACAUAGAGUUGAUAUAAUAUUUAUACACGUCAU